UACGUGACGAGCUAAACAGUCCAACUCUGCCAAAUGUGCGCCGCUGGAUGGCCGUCUCGGUCUCCAAUGCAUCUCAACCGCCUGCUGCAUGGCGAGUGGCAUACCCUCCAAACGGCCAGUCUACAGGUCGGGGCUUUCGGUCAUCUGAGCACGCUGUUUUCCUUUACAAUUCUAGCCAGCUUCAACUUCUAUUAUCGAUGCCUGAGCUCUUGGAACCGAAGGGAAAAGAUAGCUUAUUCGCUCGUAAUCCAUGUCUGUCGGAAUGUCAGGUUGGCUCAUACUUUUUACAUAUCUUAUUCUUCCCUGAUUUCCACUUUCCUUAG